GACAUUGUCAGCGCCUCCAGCCAACUUGGAAUGAUUUGGGAGAUAAAUACAACAACAUGGAAAACCCACAGGUCUAUGUUGUUAAAGUGGAUUGUACUACAGAUACUCCACUGUGCUCUGAAUUUGGCGUCCGAGGAUACCCUACCCUAAAGCUACUUAAACCAGGACAGGAACCUCUGAAAUACCAAGGCCCUAGGGACUUCCAGGCACUGGAAAAAUGGAUGUUAGAGAACCUAAAUGAGGAACCAUCUGAUCCGGAAGCUGAUGUGGAACCACCAAAAGUCCCCGAACCUAAGCAGGGAAUGUAUGAACUCUCAGCAGACAAUUUCAAGACGCACAUAGCGGAAGGUAAUCAUUUUAUCAAAUUCUUUGCCCCUUGGUGUGGUCAUUGCAAGGCUUUGGCCUCAGUCUGGGAACAGCUAGCUCAAGCCUUUGAGCAUUCGGAAACUGUCAAGAUUGGCAAGGUCGACUGUACCCAGCAUUAUGAAAUCUGCUCUGAAGCCCAAGUUCGUGGCUAUCCCACACUUCUCUGGUUUAGGAGUGGUGAAAAGGGUGACCAGUACAAAGGGAAGAGGGACUUCGAUUCCUUAAAGGAAUAUGUGGAUUCCCAGCUGCAGAGCUCUGGGAAAGAGCCACCAGCAGAUAAACCCACCGAAGCCCCGCAGCCACCCCCAGAACCCACCCGUGUUGAGGUAACAGUGCUCUCUCUCUCUGAAAAAGAUUUUGAUGCAACCAUUGCUAGGGGGAUCACUUUUAUUAAAUUCUACGCUCCGUGGUGUGGUCACUGUAAGAACUUGGCUCCAACUUGGGAGAACCUUGCCAAAGAGCAAUUUCCAGGUUUGACUGAUGUCAAAAUCGCAGAAGUAGACUGCACUGUGGAACGUAACGUCUGCAACAGAUUUUCUGUGCGUGGUUAUCCUACACUGCUGCUUUUCCGAGGUGGAAAGAAAGUCAGUGAACACAAUGGGACGAGAGACCUUGAAUCGCUGCAUAGCUUUGUCUUGCGUCAGGCAAGGGAUGAGUUGUAA